AUGGUGAGCUGUCUUCUUCAGCUAGUGCUUCGUGGUGGCGCUGAGGUGGAUGAGGACUCUUGUUGUCGGAUUGGGUUCGGUUCUUCUGCUGAUCACUUACGGGAGGUAUUUUGGUUACAUAUUUUUUCGCGUCGUGAAUGGUUAGCUUUGCUGUCUUCUAUUUAUUUCGCGAGGACGAUGCUGGCGGCCGGCAGCAGGAGCGGAGGGCCUCUCUGGCAGCAGUAGCGAGCACGUCGGAGACUGCGGCGGCCCCUUCGUCUGAUGUUGGAGGAGUUUAUCAACCAAGGGGCGGAACAAGCUGCGUCGCGGGUUGUUUGCGUAGUAAUUGCCUCGGCCGCGACAUGCGUCGCGUCACUAUGGGAAAGGGCGCCGGACUGCCUUGCGGUGGGUGCAAAGGGAGAGGCGCUUCGGAUAAAGCAGCGCGGGGGUGGGGUGACAAGCUAGCCUAAACCUACGCGAGAAGCCCAGAUGGAGCGGCUGGGUCUGCUGACGUUGCUGCAGGAGAGGACGGGCAGAGCCCACACCUAAGGCGAAAAAAGGAGCCAACAAGCCAGCAAGAAAGCGCGCUGCCGUCCAGGUCAGCAGGAGGAGGAAUAGGAACCCAGUCGCGGCCUGUCAGCGCGUACCUGAGAAGGAUUGGUCGUGGAAGGAGCUGCAAAAAAGGCAUCCAGCCAAGCCGCCGGGGUGGAAUGUUCGGGAUGGCCGUGCGCUUAUUUGACUGGCUGCAGGCUGAAGCUUUAGGCGCAAAGACAACAGUUUGGCCGCGAACCGCACCGAUGCCCGGGAGCGCUUGCGAGCCGCCGUCGUCUGGUACUACGUGGGUGGCGCAGCUGCUGCAACAGUCGAGACACGCCAAGAGUGAGAAGAUGCAAAAGGAGAGCCCGCUUGUCUGGCAAGGGAAAAAGCGCGGGACUUCUGGAGGAUUAACGCGCUGCGAUCUAAUGAAGAACGACACGGCAAGGCGCGGCGUAGUAACUUACGACGCCGACGCGAUGGAGGCAAAGCUUGCGGCGUUACUUAUGCAGGAGCAGGCUGCAGCUUCUGGAACCAGUGAAAGCGGUGGCUGCAGGCAUUGGCAUGGAACGGAGUCGGAAGCCGUUGCCAACGUGUUGACGCAUUUACGCCGCUGCGAUCGGCGUGCGUCUGGAUAGUUUCGGAGAAGGUAGGGCCGCUUCCGUGCGCUGGGGUGUUGGCCUUGCUGCCGGGCCCAUCUGGCUGGGCUUGGGGAGCCUCUUCGCCUUUGUGUGAGGGCUUUUCUGGGAGAAGGGCUAGGGCUUUUGGCUCUCCUUACAUGUUUCGCAUGAGGUAGCGGAGGCACCUUGACAAGGGUGAGGGUGUCGCAGCUCUUUGGUUUUCUGGUCAUUUUUUUUCAUUAUUAUGCACCUGCGUGGUUUGCUGAUCAUGUUCUUUGCUCUGAUGGGUAGUGCUGGAUGGUGAUGUUGCACCGGGCUGCUGCUCCUUGUUUUUAAGGGCUUUGCUUUUUAUAUAUAGAGGGGAAUACAUUACGAAGAAAUCAGUUCACGAAUAUUCAUGACAUCGUUAUCGAAUUCGUCGCACUCAGGUCAGCUGCAGCGCUGUCGCGGUUCCCUACACAGCAUCGAUGAAACAUAUGAAGGUGAGAACCACAGUGGACCUUUUUUUAUGGCAUGCAGUUACAUGUUGAACGAAGAAAGCUGAUUACUGUAGUGGCAGAGAUUCAAUCAAUUUAGUUCAUUAUCGAGCGUGAAGAAUUCUUAUGCUGGCAGUACUUUCUUCUUAGCAGAGUGACAAUGACAAACUCAACGAUGGUUGUGAAUACGUCUGACGUGGCGUUACUUAUUUGUUUUCAUUUCUUCUUGCACUUUAGCCAUAUGCUAUUUUUCCUCUAAUCGAGCAGUGACACGGCCCACCAGCGUAGUAGAAGUACAGCUCCCGGGGAGAAAAACAAACUACAGCUAUCAUCUGUAGUGGGUACUGCGAUACCCUGCUGAUAGAUCAUGAAGAACGAGGGAGACUAAGCUAGAAGAAAUUAGACCCUUACUCUGUUGCUCUUUGUGAUAAACACCAGCGAAGUCGAUGAGCAGUUGUGUAGUUUAUAACUUAGUAGCUUUCUUGUUCAGCGUUCACGACGUGUUCCUACUCGUGCCCAUGAGUCCGAUGCUGUGGUGGGCUACUAUUUGGUGGCUAUUAGUAUACUAAUUCUUGUCUUGCGUCUAUACGAUGAACGGCAAGCAUUUCUCACUCAUUUACUUGUAUGAUUCGCACCAGAAGUUGUAGAGCUUUCGUAUUAUUUCUUAUAUUGGACACUACAUACAGCUAAAGCUUAUGAUUUACGUAUUGGAUUGGUGACGUGCUACGUUCUUUUAUGUUUUUUGGUAACGUGCAACCGCAACUAAAAAUUAAAUAUUUCUAUUCUA